CUUCAUUUGAAGUUUUAUCACCGGUUAAUUCUUUCACUGGAAAUAAGCCUGAUACCUCUUCCGCUCCGUUUGGAAAGGACGAUUCAAAGCAGGAUAUCACUCUUAACAAUCAAAAUGAUGAUCAAUAUUUUCAUUACGUUCUUCCUGAACUUGCUCAUUUAAAAGAUUCUUCUCAAUAUUCCUCAUUAGAUAUAUUUUCUCAUUGUUUAAAUACAUCAACUUCAUCAGAUCAUUUGAUAGAUAGUUAUAAUCAAACCAAUCAAUCUAAUAUAAGUAAUGUACGUGUUUCACUUAUUUCUACCACAAAUAUGUCAAAUUGUGCGGCCGGUAAUGAUGAGGGACGGAUUAAUGUUAUGCAAGUUAAUAGUGAACCAACAGAUAUUGAUUUUCACAAGAAAUUGAAAUGUUUAAACUGGUGUUAA